AAUGAGUACUUUGACUUAGUUAAUGGAAGUUAGAAGUGAAAAAUUGCUCAAAACUUAAGGAGAUUCAGAUAGUGUCAUUCCUGAUUCAGAUUAAGAAGAAAAUUUGCGUAGUCCUUUUCAAAAAGGAACACCGAAGUCAUCUAUAAAGCCUCCAAAACGUUUAAGGUUUAGCGGAAUGAACUAAGUUUGCUACUAUUAAAAAGGAUCAAAAAGAGAUAUGUCUCCUUCUCCAACUAGAAAUACAUCUUUAUCCACUCAUUCAAUACUGAAAAAUAAGGAUAGCCCAAUUUUAUUUAAAGAAAAUAAAUGA